AUGGCAAGCCCAACGACCGGCUACUCCAUAAACGUCAAUGACCCUAGCUUGAUUUCGCUGGUCAACAAGCUCCAAGAUGUCUUCUCCACAGUUGGAGUGCACAACCCAAUCGAUUUGCCCCAAAUCGCCGUCGUCGGAUCACAGUCUAGUGGAAAGAGUUCCGUGUUAGAGAACAUUGUGGGCCGGGAUUUCUUGCCUCGUGGCUCUGGAAUCGUGACUCGGAGACCCCUUAUCUUGCAACUUAUCAACAAAAGUCCUACCUCGAACGGCGAUGCCAAGUUGGAAACAACAGAUAGCGAGUCCAACGUGAACGAGUAUGGUGAAUUCCUCCACCUCCCCGGAGAGAAGUUCUUCGAUUUCAACAAGAUUCGCGAUGAGAUUGUGCGCGAAACGGAAACUAAGGUCGGAAAGAACGCCGGAAUUUCGCCCUCCCCUAUCAACCUGCGCAUCUACUCCCCCAACGUCCUGACCCUGACCCUUGUCGAUUUGCCUGGCUUGACCAAGGUGCCCGUCGGAGAUCAACCCAAGGAUAUCGAGCGUCAGAUUCGUGAUAUGGUCCUUAAAUAUAUCAGCAAGCCCAAUGCGAUCAUCCUGGCUGUCACAUCAGCUAAUCAGGAUCUUGCCAACUCGGAUGGUCUGAAGCUGGCGCGUGAGGUGGACCCGGAGGGUCAGCGCACCAUUGGUGUGUUGAGUAAGGUCGAUUUGAUGGACGAAGGAACCGAUGUGGUGGAUAUUCUCGCUGGACGAAUUAUCCCCUUGCGCUUGGGCUAUGUCCCAGUGGUCAACCGUGGCCAGCGUGACAUUGAGAACAAGAAAUUGAUUGCAUACGCUCUGGAGAACGAGAAGAACUUCUUCGAGAACCACAAGGCCUACCGUAAUAAGGCUUCCUACUGCGGUACGCCGUAUCUCGCACGCAAGCUGAACUUGAUCCUCAUGAUGCACAUCAAGCAAACCCUACCCGAUAUCAAGGCCCGCAUUUCCGCCUCUCUCCAAAAGUAUACUGCUGAACUGAGUCAACUGGGUGACUCUAUGCUCGGCAACAGCGCCAACAUCAUCCUGAACAUCAUCACUGAAUUCAGCAACGAGUACCGUACAGUCUUGGAGGGAAAUAACCAGGAACUGUCUAGCAUCGAGCUUUCGGGUGGUGCCCGUAUCUCCUUCGUGUUCCACGAACUCUACUCAAAUGGUGUCAAGGCCGUUGAUCCCUUCGACGUCGUGAAGGACAUUGACAUCCGCACCAUUCUUUACAACUCGUCCGGUUCCUCACCAGCACUUUUCGUCGGCACCACCGCUUUCGAGUUGAUUGUUAAGCAGCAAAUCAGGCGUUUGGAAGAGCCCAGCUUGAAGUGUAUCUCUCUGGUCUAUGACGAGCUGGUGCGCAUUCUGAGCCAGCUCUUGACCAAGCAGCUGUUCCGCCGUUACCCCAUGCUCAAGGAGAAGUUCCACGCGGUUGUCAUUGCCUUUUUCAAGAAGUGCAUGGAGCCCACCAACAAGCUGGUCAGGGAUUUGAUCAACAUGGAAUCCACCUACGUGAACACCGGUCACCCCGAUUUCUUGAACGGACACCGCGCUAUGGCUCUCGUGAACGAGCGCCAGGCAGCCUCCAAGCCUACACAGGUCGACCCUAAAACCGGCAAGCCUCUUCCCUCCCGUGCCCAGAGCCCCUCGCUCGACACUAGUGCCGAGGCUUCCAAUAACAGCGGGUUCUUCGGCAGCUUCUGGGCUUCCAAGAACAAGAAGAAGAUGGCCCUCAUGGAGGCUCCUCCCCCAACUCUCAAGGCUUCAGCUACCCUGUCUGAGCGUGAGGCCACCGAAGUUGAGGUUAUCAAACUCCUGAUUACCUCCUACUUCAACAUUGUGAAGCGCACAAUGAUCGACAUGGUCCCCAAGGCUGUCAUGUAUACCCUCGUCCAAUUCACCAAGGAUGAAAUGCAACGCGAACUAUUGGAGAACAUGUACCGCACCAACGAGCUCGACGAGCUCCUCAAGGAGAGCGACUACACCACUCGCCGACGAAAGGAAUGCCAACAGAUGGUGGAGAGCCUCGGCCGCGCCAGUGAAAUCGUCAGCCAAGUCCAGUGA